AUGAGGACUUCUGCAGCAGAGGCGCGUGCUAAAGUAACUCAGUCUUUGAAAAAUGCCAAAAAUUUAGUAGAUGGCAAGCUAGCGGCUGAGGAUGAUGUUCAAACUCAUAUUGAUGGCGUAGCUUCUGACUCAGAUGUUGAGGAAAGUGAACCCGCAUGGAAACCUCUCGAGCGCAAGAUCAGACCACAUGUUCCCGGACUGAGGUCCAAACGAUUGGCUAGAGCUGAUCUUCAAGCUGAAUAUGAAGAAGAUGAUUGCUUGGACGUAAUGUAUGGUGACCCUGAAGACCAAUUAGAAGAAGUACCUAGUGAGGGUUCUGAUGAUGAUCAUGGAGGAGAGCUAGAAGAAAAUUCCACGGAUGAUGACGAUCGUGAGUCUGAUGACGAAUUCGAUGACCCUGAUGAUUAG